GGAGUUGGGAAUCGCGGGCGUCGGGUUGCGUCAUCGACGUAAAUAUUUCGGGAUUUUCGGGGAGAAGCUCGUCGUUGAUAGACCAUAGACCUCGAUUAGAUAGCGCGAGGGGACGUACCCCUGUUGUCCGAUGUCGUUUCGAUAAACCUUGUCGGUAUGAUUUCGUGGCCUUGCGAAUGAUCAGCGGAUUCCACGACGAACAAUCCCGUUGACGAUCGAGGUCAACGGGUACACAGCUCUCGCGCGCCGCGCGUGUGAUGGCAGCGUCGCGUUGCGCAGAAGGACGGAGGAGGACGAACGGUGUGACAGCUGACUAAUGUAACGGCCUGGUUGUGGGAGCUGGGAGCUCGCGUCCUCCGCGUACAUCUGUACUCAGUUUGCACUUGCGAGCCCUACAUAUCUCCGCACGCACUGGAUCCACGGGCCACGAACGGUCAGUCGAACAGAGUCUUCUAGAGGGCUGUACUGGAGCAGUAGCUCUCUACCUAGCGAUCAUGGAACAGGUGAUCGCACUGAGUACACAAAAUCCAUUGUCCUUAUUGGUUAAAUUUGGUAUGAUGGCCUGGAACAACAGUUGUGGGAACGAUAACUGCUCUGGCCAUGGGGAAUGUCACAAUGGGACUUGCCUGUGUGAGAUCCAAUUCGAUGGACCGGAAUGCCAUAUCCCAAAUCUAAGCUAUUAUAUCGCCUUCGCAUCAAUCUUUUUCUUCCUGGCUUUCGUCUGCCUGAUACAACUCGUUAUGUGUAUUGUCGCCGAGUGGCAACGAAUGAAGGCACCAUCGUUCCUGAGAGCAUGCAGAGUUACUAAUCAAAAGGUGUUGUACUUUGUGGUUUUCCUUGCAUCUGUCAUACGAGGGGCGUACUUUACCUCACCGACUGCUUUCAAGGAAGGUUGGUCCAGGAGUUUGCUGUCGGCGUAUUAUCCAUUGCUCUUAAGUGGAUCGUCGUUGAUCGUUUGUUUUUGGGCUGAAGUGGUUCAUCUGAGAGACAUUCGCUGGGAUAAACCACAAUUUUUGUCAAAAUCCUUUCUGGCUUUUGUUGUCUUCAACAUAAUAACGUAUUCCCUUUUGUUAGCAGAAUUCAUCACGGCUCAAACUUAUUCGCAAGUAGAUCAAAGCUUUUAUACACAUGUAUUCAAUGGCUGUUAUGCUGUGCUCCUUUUCAUCGUAGUGAUUUUCUUCUUGAUAUAUGGAGUGGAAGUAUUUUUCAAAGUUCGUGGUGGAUUCUUAAAUGAAUGCCAAGUUGCCUCCAUUGCAACAAAUAAACGCAUAGCUGAUAAAACAAAAGUCCAUGCCGAAGAUCAAGUAACUGCAAAACUGUUUGAUCCUGGUCCAUCUACAUCUACAGCGGAGCCUGUGCAUAUGCAGCAAGUGAAUACAUCCCAAUUACAUCAGUCAAGAUUUGGAUUACUCUCUCAAGCAUUCAUGCUGUUUAUAGUGGUUGGUUUUCUGUUCAGCGAGACCCUCAGUGAAUUUUGGAAAACGAAGGUGCCAUUGUAUAGCAGGAAUUGGCAUGACGUUGUAUUUCGUGUUAUUGAAGUUGGCGUAGCGUUGUGGUUUCCUUGUGUAUUGUGGAAUUGUAUGAGCCCAGAGCAAUUAUGGAUUCUAAAUCCAAAGCGUAUAUUGAAGAGACUAGAUCUGGACCAGGCAAAACACAUAAAGGAGAUUGAGUUACAGGAAAAAGGCGCGUCUCAAGAUACUGCGUUUCUCUCAGAUGCAGCAUCAAUCAAUAGCAAAGAUUGUUGGAUCUGUUAUGAUAGCGAGAGACAAGAUGCUGGUCCGUUGAUACAACCAUGCCAUUGUAGGGGUGACGUAAGCGCUGUACAUCACGAUUGUUUGCGUCGUUGGCUCGUCGAGAGUUCUGUAAAUGCAGAUAGUCUCGUUUGUAAAGUUUGCAAUACAAAAUACAAUGUUGAGCAUGCUAGUCGUUUGGAUUGGCAAAAUAGCUUAACUCCGCGCCAUUGUUUGCAAACUAUUGCCAUUGUUACCACGAUGUGUGCAUCUUCUGCCGCUGCCUGGAUAGUUAUCCAACUUGUAGAAGGGCCCAUUAUUAGAAUGCUCGCAGCUGGGACUGCACUAUUGAUUUUAUAUGUCUGCAUAAGAUUCUUGAGUUUAAAUACCGUUGUGGCGUAUCAACGAGCCAAAAUCUCAUCAUUAAACAUUGUUAACAGUAAUAAUGAGAGCAGUGGGACACAGGUUACUACAAUUAGUCAUACGAUUUCAGUGGACUUGACGAAAUCGGACAUGGCUACGACGAUAUAAUCUAUACUUGCCAUUGUGUACAAACACAAGUAUCUUCCUACUUCAGGUAGAAAGAUUCACAAUAGGAAAAGUAGGUAAUAGAAUAAUGCGGAUGUGUACGCUUUUCAAGCGUAUGUAAUGUACAAAGCGACGAUGAUUAAGAUACAGUAUGUUUCCGCUGAGUUUUUAUAAGCUUCUUAUAUGAAAUAAUGAAGUUUUAUAGAAAUCAGCGAAUGAAAAGAACUGAGAAGAGAUAUACUGUAUCUAUUUUCAUGAUAGAUUUAAAACAGUUGCCAAACUUCCAUAUUUUACUUCUCCUGAUCGUUUCAUUGUAUGACAUUCAUGUAUUCAUGUUUUCAUUUAUGUUUACAAUAUAUAUAUGUUGUUAUAUAUAAUAUACAUAUAAUUUAUACAUUUACAAGGUAUUACAAAUCGAGGAUGAGAUGCUGUAAUUUCAAUUAUUUCAUGUGUCAUUAUUUCAUUAAUAAUACAAUGUCUUAUUAAUGUAAUAAUAUAUUGUUUCAUAUUUAUAUACGAACAGUAAAAAUUUCAACUAGUAUUUCAAAAUUACUGUGAGAAUUGGGUGAAAAAUUUACAGCAUAUAUGCUUUAAAUAAAGUAAAAAGUAUAUCAGUAGUAUAACUAAUCAUUAUCUAAAAGGAUUAAUAAGCGAUUUUCGAUUGUAGAAUAAGAUGUUUCAUUGGUGCAAUUUAUCCAUUAGUAUUUUUAAUUACGUCAAUUUAAUAACUUACUACUAAGUAUUGAAUAUUUAAAAGGAAUGUUAUAUAAGAAUAUAAUAUAUAGUCAUGUAUAGAUCAUUAAGCAUUUACAAGUUAGUUUCUUUAGUAUAACUAAAAUACCAUAUAUAGAUUAUUUCUCAAGACAGUAUAUAUGCAUAUAUGAAAUUGAUUCUUUUUAACUAAAUUUCAAUAAGAGAAAGAUUGGUAUAUUGUGUUUUUCAAAUUACUUUACUGAUUAAGUACAUCUUUAUUUUCGAUAUAAAAAGUAUAUAAGAUUAACUAAAUCUUUAUCUUUGUUGUCUUGAUCUGUAUUGACAAAUUAAUAUGGAAAAACUUUUGUUGUUACAGGUUGAAAAUGAAAUAGUAAUAAUAUAUUACAGUGUAAUAUGUUAAAACUUUUGUUAGAUAUUUUCUGUUGUACUAAAAAAUGUUGUAUUAACAUAUGAUUGAAGAGAACUAGUUGAAAUUGCAAUAGCUAUGAUAACAUUGUAUAAAUCAUAUUUUUAACAAUUACAUUUUGUUAAAUAGCAUAGACAAUACGAAUAUCUUUUCAUACUGUUGAAACUUGUAUUGGCUGCAUUCAGCAAAAAAAGCUUGCAACAAUUGUAAAAAUCUUUUAUAUGACUGGUUUAUACAUUUAGAUCCAACAGAAACUAAAGGCAAGAACCAAUCGUGUUGAAGAAUUUUACAACAGUUGCAAAGCUUUUUUUUUCUGCUAAAUGCAGCCAUUAUUUCUAGAAGCAUCUUUAGUUGUAGACGAUAUGUUUCAUAUUUUAUAUAUGUAAAUUUAUAAAGUUUUGAGUGUCCUUAAUAUAAGGAUUAUUUUCUUUGUGUUUUAUAUAAAAAAUAAUGAUAAUAUACAUUAUGUAUUAUGCAAUAAUACACCAUGUCUUGCAUAAUUCUGAAAUUGUCAUAUAUAUGAUGGUUACUUUAAAUGUCUUAACAAGCAUUUAAUUUUAGAAAGUACUAAAACAAAGAGCAAUUCAAUAAAUAUUCCAUACAUUUUAAAUUUUAAUAAAAAAAAAUUUUUUUAAUUGUAUCAAAUCGAACAAUCAUAAAAUGAAAUUUUUAAAAGCUCAAGAAUAAUAAAUAUAAUAUAAUGUUACAGUUACAGCAUAUAUGUAAUAUCUACAGUAUUACAGGUACCUAUAUUAUUAACACAAAAUUAUACAACAAUACACUUGUUUAAUGCAAUAAAUAAACGAACAAAUUUGAGUGCUUUGUUAAAGCACGAUUGAUUAUAUUAAAAUUUUCUUAUUAAUUGUAUCUUUGGUUUAAAUUUUAUCUGAUUAUAUUAUUUGGGUAUAAUUGGAAAGUAGUUUUAUUUUAUUUGAGUUUUGUGAAAAGAAUAAUUAUUAUUUAAUAAUUAUUUUCUUUAAUAAAUUUGAAUAAUUAUUUUUAGUUUCUUAUUAUGCAAAUAAAACUUAGAAAUUUACAAAAACAUUAACGAUAAAUGUUUACGAUGAAUAAUAAACGUCUUCAUAAUAUUGAUAUUUACCAGCAUUAAGUUUAGUAAAUAUAUAUCGAAAAUUUAUUAAACAAUAAUAGUAAUAAGCUGUGAUAAUAUGUAACGUAAGAUGUUCGUAUUAAUGGCUAUGUAAUAAAAUAAAUUAUAACAUAAAACAGAU